CCCCCUCACACUACACGACACGCCCACUCGACACUACUUCCGCGGACCUCCAACGCCACCUGCCGGCCUAAUAACAGAGCGUUUCUGUCAGUUUAGAGCUGUUAAAAAAACAGCCAACGCCAUAGCCAACCUACAAGACCAGGAUAUAUUUAUAUUAUGACGACAUAACAGGUUUCUGCAUACAUUUCUCAGAUGAGAGUGCAGUAACAAAUGUUUUUACUAAUGUGUCCUUUUUCAACUGUCGCCAAAUUUAGAGCAUCUCUCUAAUGCAGCUCAACUGCUGUGUUUCAAUCAGCGCCUGCAUAGAACAGAAAUACUCAGAUCCAGAAUCAACAGUAGUUUAGUUGAUAUUCUUUUUUCAAUAAUCUUUUACCUUUGACACAUGUUUACUGUAUAACUACGCCCUCACAUUGAUCAUUUUCUAUGUAAUGUAGAAUUUUGUUAUUAAAAUUAAAAUUCCCCUCUUCAUAACAAGUUUCAAAGCAGAGUUGAGAAUUUGCUGACUAAAGUAUAACCUCAUCAAACACCCAGCAGCCUUUGUGCUUUGUGAUGGACACACAUGUCAAGUGAUAACAGAGAGACCUGUCUACUAAUGGACUGUGGUGCACCCACAUGACUUCCUCUACUUACAAGCAAAUCAUCUGAUCAUGUGAUUUUGUUGGAAGGUGUGAUAUAGAAGUGAAACAAGAUUUUUAGUUCCGUGUUGAGCCUCCACUAAUAAUGAUCUCCAGCUCAAGCAUGAAGCGCUCGGCUGUUAUAAUCCUGAUACUUAACAGUCUCUGCACUUUUUCACAUGUGGUCCAUGAAACUGUCACCGUAAUUGGCUGCUCUAACAAAAACAACACUGUGGUGCAGUUUGAAGGUGAUGGUGAUGAGGUUUUGUAUACAGAUUUUGAAAAGGAGGAAUUUGUUUUCACUGUGCCCAAAUUUAUAACGUCAGACCCGAGUGAAGUAUUUGGCGACAUAGCUAUCUAUAAAAAGGCUUUGAAAAGCCAGAGCAUAUGUGCAACAGCUGUUUUAUUCUGCACAGAAGAGGAGAGACAUCCACCAGAAGCGAAAGAUGCUCCUGAGACCAUGGUCUAUGCUGCAGAUGAAGUUCAGUUAGGAGUUGAAAACACACUCAUCUGCUUUGUGAAUCAUUUCUACCCACCUUUCAUCGAAGUCACCUGGACUAAAAAUGGUCAGACAGUAACAGAGGGAGUGUCUCUCGGGCGAUAUUACCCCAACAAUGAGCUGACUUUCCACCAGUUAUCCUCAUUGACGUUCACACCUGAUGUGGGGGACAUUUACAGCUGCACAGUGGAGCACUUAUCUCUGGAGAGGCCUGAUACAAAAUUCUGGGAACCUGAUUUCGGUCAUCAAAGUCAUGGACCAGACAUUCUCUGUUGGUUGGGUCUGACGUUUGCCUUUCUGGGUGUAGCAGCAGGAACAUUUUUGUUUGUAAAAGGGCAUCAUGUAAGGGGAUGAAUCAAAAUGGCACACAUGUUGAACAGAAAUAUAAGUUGAACAGAAAUAUAACUAUAAUUGAUUAUGACCAAAAUUUAUCUCGUGAUUUUGUUUGGAAAGAAGGCAUAAAUAUACUUUUCAUAGUUAAUUGAAGGACUAUUUAUUUGCAACUAUAGACAUUGUUAACCCUUAGUGCUCACACGGCACCGAUGCGUGCCACAGGUGCACACUUGGUAAACUGAUGCAGGAAUAAUACAACUCCUUAUAUGUGUGUGUGUGUGUGUGUGUGUGUGGGGGGGGGGUUAUA